AUGCCGCCGACCGCUCCAAAUCCGUCCGGCGAUCGUCGCGACAACAACGCUGCAUCGGAGAAAGCGAUCGGCGCAGAAGGAGGCAGCGCGCCUGCCUCCCGUAGAUCUCCUGGUCUCCGCCUGCCCAUGAUGACCAAGGUCAAUCGCGAUGCGGACGAAGACUCCAGCGAUGACUCUGCGGACGAGUUCGCCCGCUGGCAAGCCACCUCUGGGCCGACCACGCCCAACAUCUCCGAGACCGCUGCACAGCUGCGACGCAACCUCAGUGUCACCGGGCUGCAGGAUCUCGCACAUAUGCCACGAAGCCAGAUCCGCAAGUCGGUGGGGAACAAGGUGUGGCGACCGCAAGACGAAGAAGCGCGCAUCCCGAGCGACUGGGAGAGGCUGGCGGUCCACGUCGUCCGCGGCGGCCUGCGCGCAGGAAACCUCGCGUUCGCUUUGCGUGCCACGCUGAUGCUGGUCUUGGAGCUGAUCAAGUCGCUGCGCACCAAGAAGUUCAAUCGAAACGCCUUUGGCAUCGCGUUGCUCGGUCCGCGGAACUUCCGCUUCGCAGCGCUCUUCGCCAUUUGGGCCUCGCUAUACAAGGCGGUCCACAACGGUCUCCGCUUGAUGACGCCGAUGCCUGUCAAGAAGUCACGCUCUCGCGCCGCUUCGGCAUCUGGCGCAGUCACACUUUCGAUCGAGAAGGCUGGCGACAAUGCUGCGCUGGACGAUGCGGGCGCGGGCAGCGGCACCGCUACACCGCGCUCCGGCAGGUCCGCCUUGGAGGGCAAGUCGCCCGAGGAGAAAGCCAAGGAGAAGGCAAAGCAGAAGCGUCACGCUUUCAUGCGCGACCCUCGUUCCAAGGUUUGGCAUGCGUACGUGGCGGGCGCCAUCUCGGCCUUGGCCGUGCUUGUCGAGACUCCGGACAACCGCAUUGCCCUGGCGCAGCAGCUCUUUGUGCGCGGCUUGGAAGGAUCGUACAACGUAUCGCAUGAACGCGGCCUGAUCAACAUCCCUUACGGUGCCGUGAUCACCUUUGGUAUUGCGUGCGGACAGAUCAUGUGGGCCUGGCUCGAGGCGCCCGAAUCGCUGCCCAAGUCGUACAAGAACUGGAUCACGAGAGCUUCGCAGGUCAGCCCGAGAGUCCCGGAGAUCUACCGAUCCAUCAAGUUUGACCGCAAGGCCGAUGCCGACUUUGCGCUCAAGUGGUUCCCAGAUGGCAAGGUGCCAGAGCCUCUGUCGCUCAGCCCUCUGCGCUACCCGGACGUGGCGCCCAACGCCAUGAAUCGCCGCGGCAUCAAGGGCAAGAACGUGCGCAAGAUCGUCGAGUGGAUGGACCGAACGCGAAAGGGAGACUGCGGCGGCGUGGUCGAUUGUGCCCUCGUCCACCCCUGGGAGACGAGCCACUGGCGCGGUCCCAUCGACCGUUUCAUCGAGGUCACCCGCUGGAUCUUACCCGUCUACCUCACGCUUCACUUUGUGCCGGCCAUCUUCCUUCGACCGGGCAAGUUCCUCAAGAACCCGGUCGAUGCGACGAUCCGUUCGCUCCGGGGCUCCUUGCGCUCGUCGUCGUUCUUGGGCGUCUUCGUGAUCAUCUUCCAGACGCUGUUCUGCGCGCAGCACUCUCUGUACAACUACAUCCAGGCGAGCGAGAGGCUGCGUCGCAUUGUGCCCCAGUGGUUCUCUCGCAUGCUGAUCAGCUCAUGGAUCAAGUGGGUCACCGGCUUCAUGACCUGUCUCUCGCUCUUUGUCGACGACUCACGACGCCGCGCCGAGCUUGCGGCCUACGUGCUCCCCAAGGGUAUGGAGAGCGCAUGGUCGGUGCUGAGGAAGAAGUCGUACGUGCCGUUCGUGCCCGGUGGCGAGGUCUUGCUCACCUCGGCAGGCAUGUCGCUCGUCAUGGGAACGUACGCGCAGAACCCAGAGCAUCUCUCGGGCCUCGUCCGCCGAAUCGUGUAUCAGGAGACCACUAAAGCCGAAGCCACCAAAACUGGGUGCCAUCGUUCCCGAAUGUGGGGAAGACGCUCGUGGGGCCGGCAAGAUGUAGACCUGACAAGUAGUGCCGCCAAGGGUCCAGCCGUCCCCUUCGCCGCAGUGAAGGUCCCUGCUCCUCCGUCUCAGGUUUUGACGUUCUGGCAGCCCCUUCAGAGUCCAGACAGCUUCGACGAGAAAGCCACACAGAGAGCGCAUGCAUGCGUCGAGGCCACCCCAAAGCCAAAAAGCGGAGUGGAUCCGAACGCCGCUCCUAAACUUCGAAUCGGCAGAUCCGUCCUGCUACGCAUUGCGGAGGCUACGGAGACAUUCGCCCGAGCUGGCCGAAUUGGCACCGAUGUGGCGAUGAAUGUGGCCGACAUGCCUGGCUCGGCGUACAUCGCAGAUGAGAUUGCCGAUGUUUCGCCGAGCAUGGAUGAGAUGGAUGACGUGCCCGGACCGGUACAAUUGGCAGCAGCCAAAGGCUCUCUUGAGCAAACCCUGCAUACGAGUAGAGAUAUCGACUUGGGCGAGCCAAUCAAGAUUGCGAGAAAUAAAGCUCGCAGCUCAGAAGCUGUGUUUGUACGCAGAACGUGCAUCGGGCAUGGUCUGCGAGACCAGAUCGAUAAAAAGCUCGCUAUGGGCUACAAUCUGAUCUAG